AUGAUGCCCUUCCUAGAAGUCCCGGAGACGGGGUUGUCUCUAUGCAGAGACAACACCGGGGACGAUACUGCAACCAAAUCCACUCAAAUAAUGCGCCUGAAUCUCGCCCAAAAUACUCUCGACGAGCUGAUUGAGAGCCUCCGUGCCGACCAGCCAGCUCGGCUCCGCCUCGGAAAGCACCAGGCCCUAUACUACGGGACCAACAAAUCACAGCACUUCCACUCCUCCUCCGAGUCCCAUCGAUCUGAGAUCUACUCGAACAACUCCAUCGACGACGAAUUAUACUUCACAGGUGUUUUAAGUCACAGUUUGGAGGUCCAGAAGGCCCAGGAGGCAACUGCGGCCACCGACCAGGCUUUGGCAAAUCUUGAGCAGAGCUUGAGCGCCUUUGAAAGAGGGAAAGAAUCCAAGAAAACACACAUAAUCACCGAUAUCUCGGAAGUAAGGGCCCUGCGAGCAGGUGACAGCCGUUCCAGCACUGGGAGGCAGGCUGCACUCCUUGCCCGCAUGCCCUCAAGCAAGGUGGAGCUGGAGAAAGAUCGAUUGCUAAAGAACAAAUCCAACCCGAAUCGCUCAAUAUCUUCAAGCCCUGCUUUAGGCGUUGCCCGAUCACCGAUAUCUAUGGCACCUCUCACUCCAACCUCAGCACCGCCCUCUCAGAACAAAGACCGCCUCCGCCUCGAAGCCCUCAAGGUCCCUUUCAUUCACCUCUUAGCCAUCCGAGCCGUUUCUACCAAAUUCAUAUCCCGACAAACCCGCGCCUCGAUUGAAGACUGUGUCACUUUGGCCCAAAAAUACGGAAUCGAGAACCGAAUCAACCCAGAGAAGUUCGACCUUCGAGAUAAAGUAUACCGAGAACUGGACGUGUGGAAAUUCCCGUAUCCAUCUCAGGAAGACAGGCAGGAAGCAAUCGAGAAUGCUAUCUCAGCAUUCGAUCGCAUGAGACUGUCACGCUCCGAUAAGUUGUGGCAAAGUUUACUCCCUAAGGAAGAACGCGGUAAAGGCAAGUGUUUAUCGCGGCUGGACUUGCGAACAGGCCCAAUCAAGAAGGCUGCUACACCCCGGAUACAGAUAUCGGACGAAGCCGGCAAGGAAGGGGAUACAACUAGUCAGGACACUGACAAAUCUUCUGGAAGUGGUUUUAAUUCUUCUAAUGCUGCUCCGAAGUCCGGUAUGAACACACAGAAGAAGCGGAAUGAUAAGGACCCUGCCGCCAAACGACCGACUGCGAAGAGCAAGACUGCCGCUAAUAGCACCCUGACCGGCCGUGUGACCAAAAAAUCGGACAAAAAGACGCCAUCGAAAUUGGAGGGCAAAUUCAAGUCCGCGGAAUAUGUACACGACUCAGACGAAGAUGAUACUGAUCUGCCAGAUGGCUCAUCUUCAUCUGAGAAGUCGCAAACACAGCAGACGUUACCUAAGCCCAAACCGACCCCCAAGCCCGCUGAAUCUAAAACUCCAAUUGAGUUAUCACAUGUGCCCACACCGAAAACUGACGAGGCCGAUGCGCGACCAUCCAAAGCCGACUCUUCGUCCAGCAGCAAGAAUCCUACAACCAAGCGCCCACCAGCGUCCUUACCUCCUAACCAGAAGUCUCCGCAAAAGCCUUCGCAAAAAGCACCAGCUCCCGCCCGGUCACCCGCCUCCACCGAUCCCCCAAAUCGCAGCCGAUCGUCCAGCCAAAACAAUUCAACUAGCUCGUCAUCCUCAUCUCCCUUGAUAACUCAAUUAUCAAGACCGCGUGUCAAUACAGAGCGAUCCGCCGCGAAGCAACCCGCCAAGCCGAAUGGAGCGGUAAAAGCAGUUGAGACCACAAAUUCAUUGAAACGCAAAGCAGAGAUAGAGCGGCCAUCGAUUCACAAUGCUGGCUGUCUGCAUGGCGAUAUUGAUCACAAGCGACGUCGGGGAGUGAGCACAUCGAGUGGCAGCACGGGCAGUGCGUCACCACCUCUUAGCCGUGAAUUGCUUAUGCAGCAGUUACGGGAGAAGUCCCAGAAGUUCAAGCGGUUUUAUGCCAAGUAUCGCUCGUUACAUGAUGCCAUGGCAGCCCAUUCAAACCCUCCACGCGCAGAACUGGAGAAGCUACAGAAGCAGCAUAGCAGACUUCAGUUAAUGAAGGAAGAAAUCUGGGAUGAAGAUCGACGGCUCCGAAGCGGGCUCUGA